UUCCUACGAAGAAGCUUACCUCUUUUGUUUUACCUUUUAAACACAAACACAGUCUUUGUUAUAACUUACUUGCAUUGCAUUAUAUAUAUCUCUCACUGUUUUGUCCAAUUAGAUUAUUUUACAAUGGAAGAAUCAAACAACAUGCAAGAGCAAGAACAUGCAAAUGUUACUCCUCCAACAUCCUAUAUAGGAGUUAGGAAAAGAAAAUGGGGGAAAUUUGUAUCAGAAAUUAGAGAGCCAGGUAAGAAGAGCAGAAUAUGGUUAGGGAGCUAUGAAGAACCACAAAUGGCAGCAGCAGCGUAUGAUAUAGCAGCUUUUCAUCUCAAAGGACACGCCGCGAAGCUUAACUUUCCUGAUAUGAUUGAGAAACUUCCAAUGCCAGCAAGCUCCAAAGCGGAGGAUAUUCGUGUGGCAGCUCAACAAGGUGCAUUACAGUUCAAGAGGAGACCAUCAUCAUCAUCAUCUGAAGGGGGUGUUAAUAGCAUUAACAUUAGUGAUAGUAAUAGCAAUAAUGACAGUGUUGUUCCUGCUAGGGUUGGUCUUUCACCUUCUCAAAUUCAAGCAAUCAAUGAGGCUCCUUUGGAUUCACCUAAAAUGUGGAUGCAAAUGUUUGGAUUUCAAUUUGAUGAAUAUAGGAAUUAUGAUAAUAAUGUUUUAGAGUUGAGUGAAUGGGAAGAAAUUCAGUAUGAGUCAUUGUGGGACUAGUGAUUCAAUCAUGAACUAUAAUAUAAUAAUCAACUAAUUUAUGUACCCUCUAUUUAGGGCCCAAUGUAAUAAAGCACAAUAUAUAAGUAAGACCGAUUCAAUGAAGCAAUAGGAUUGAUUUAAUUAAUUUUA